AGAAAAGACAUAAAGGCCUUGGGAUGGUUGUCUGAUCACUCCAUGAUGGAAAAUGAUGUCAGACGGGUUAUCCAAAAGAAAAGAUGAGAAUGACGGAACCUGUACGAUUUGCACGGAAGUUUAUCGGGACCCUCGACUCUUGCCAUGUCGACAUACCUUCUGUUCCGGCUGUUUGGAGAGAUGGCAUAUCUCUAGCUGUCAAAGACAUUAUUUUUCAUGCCCGAUUUGCCGGGAAAAAGUGUGGCUUCCCCACGUAGGGGUGCAGGGAUUUAGAUCAAACUAUUUCGUACCUUGUCAGUUGGACAAAAAAAACUGCAGUGUUUGUAAAACAUCGAAAUUUGAUGUCCGUAGGUGCAACUUUUGUGAUCAAUUGUUUUGUCGGACAUGUAGAACGGAACAUGAAUCCAAACAAGUCGGUCAGGACGACCAGUGUUGCUGUAGUCAGGAGGAUGAACUCGUCCAAGAGGAAGAUACGGCAGUACGCACAGCAAUCAGCGCACUACGAGCAGUCACAAGGUCUUGCUGCUACGCGGAGAUUAUUGGUGGGUUCCAAUGUUCGGCGGGAGGUAGUAGCACGCAAGUCACCAAGAUCGUACCGGUAUCAGCGAGCGAGGCAUGGGUUCUGUUUGAUAACGGUCCCGUCAUCUACAGAUACAGUAUGACUGGGACAGUGACUGAGAUGCGAUACGCUGUCGGCAAGGUUAUCGACAUGUGUAUUCACCCGGAUGGGCCGCUACUUGUCAUCGAAGAAUUUUCCAGUUCAGUGUUAGUUUGUGGGGACGAACAUACCGAUCCAAUUGAAUAUGUAAUUGUGAACAAUUAUAUCCUAACUUCUCUUCUAGUCCGAGAUGAAGGGUCUAUGAUUGUUGCAGCUAGAUCCGUGGACGAAUCAUUGUUUCGUAGGUGUUAUUUGAUUGAUUUUGACCGAGAGCGGAAACGAUUGAGUACAAGAAUCGUUCAAGGUGAGUUCAUACAGAUAAGCGGUUUAGCGUUUGAUGUGUUCAGUAAUCGGAUGUGCACUGCCGACAUGGAGUGUAGAGUGGUUCACGUGCUGCCGGAUGACGACAGGGUUUUAACCUACCGGCGCUCACCAGCUUUUCCUAACAGAAACGGAUCGGGUGGACUGUCGAAAACACAGUUCGCUCCGAGAGCUGUCUGUUCUGGACUGCACAAUGCUUUUCUAGUAUUGGAUUGCGGGUCAGGAUACAUUCAUGUACUGAGUACGUCAGCUCGUCUUACAAACGUUGUUGUGAUGGACGACCAGGAAAAUAUAGGAUCACCAAGCACCAUCGCGGUCGGGAGGGACGACCAACUUUGGGUCGGGGAUGGUAGUAAUGGCAUGGUGAAAGUGUAUAGCUUAAAGACAUUUAUCAACCAUCUUGAACCUGUUACCUUUGAACAUGGAAUGCCUAUCAACAACAGAGAUUUUUUUGAUACCGCUGAAUUAUUUAGUGCUACCAGUAGUGUGCCAGAAAAUAUUCCGUCACGUAAUACCACUCUUUCAGAUGAUAUUUUAGCACUCUGUAUGGAUGGAAACGUUUCCGCGAUACGUACCAUUGUCGCUAACGGUGAUAUUUGUAUCAUUCUUGAGGACACUGGAAAUCCUGAGAGUAAUGCCAAAAUGCGAGAUCGUGUACAACGCAUGAUUCAUUGGAACGAGGUCCUCAGGAGUCACCUUAUAAAAGCUGGUUGCAAUCCAGAUGAUUUAGGAACAAUUAAUAUCAAAUUUGAUAGUGCCCCUUCCGUCCGGACACGACAUAUUCCUUCAAAUCAUAACCCAUCGGGAAACUUUCCAAGAACAAGUGGAAACCGUACCUCGCAACCUCACCCAGUUCCUUUCCUAACCGGGAAUAGGGAUGUAGACAUGAAAUUUCUUGAUAAUUUUUUGAGGAUAAAUCCAUCAAUACGCGAAGAUAUGGAGAAGAAGGGCAUCACACCAGGAAUGAUUGUAGACUUCCCAAGCUUCCUAAAUGGACGACUUGUAUAGUAGAAUCAUGUCAGAUUUUACUUUUUUACUUGACACCUAAAACAUUCGGAUUCUGUAAAUAUGGACUGUUAUCAGAUCAGGAUAUUGUGCUAGGUACUUGAAUGUUAAAGAAAUAUCAAAAGUGUAACACAAAAAUAAUACCGGUUCUUACUUAACUGAUAGAAUGAUGGACUUAAUGCUUCUCUCCUGUAUUUACUGACCACCCCCACCCCCGCCCACUCCCAAAUAAAAAAAAAAUUGUGAUACGUUUUCAUCGGUCAUCUGAUGUAGGUUACAUAACGCAUGUAUUUUGAAAU